UCCUCAGCCUCCAGAAACAUUGUGAGAAAAAAAAACAAAAACAAACGUGUAUGGAUGGAUCCUUUACUUUUAAACGUCUUUUAAUAUUCGUUGUUAAAUUAAACGUUUCGGAUGGCGGAGCGCGACUGACCUGAAUGUUUGAGUCGCACGCGGAUUCCUCGCGCAGAGAAUCAAAGUCUCCCAAACGCGCCGUACAUAGCUCCAAAAACAUGGAUGUUCUGGCAAGUUACAGUAUUUUUCAAGAACUUCAACUCGUUCACGACACUGGUUACUUCUCCGCGAUGCCAUCUCUGGAGGAAAACUGGCAGCAGACAUGUUUGGAGUUGGAGCGCUAUCUUCAGACAGAACCCAAGAGGCUCUCCGAUCUUUUUGAUGAAGAACUAGAUGGCUUCCUCACGCCUUCCUUUAUGAAAGAAGAUGGUGAUGAAGAUCUUUUAGACCCCCUCCUUCCCAGCCUCAACAACCCCCCUAGCCCUCCUCAGCUUACCGCAUGUAAGGAACCCCUCUCCUCCUCUCCCUCCACUUUGACCUCUCCAGACAUUACUGUAGGGGUCAACGCCGCCCAGCUGAAUGCCGUCACCUCGCUAACACCACCCUCAUCCCCGGAACUGGGCCGUCACUUCAUCAAACCCACCCACACACUGAGUGCCUCUCCCGACGGGACCCUCACGCUGAAGUUAGUGGCCCGAAAGGUGGGUUUGGGUACUGCCAAGCUUGUGGCGGCCCACCCUCUUCCACUCUCUCCACAACAUGGGAGCAGUGGUGCGCAGAGCGACGGGGAGCAGGGUGGCACCUGCACCAUGGGAAAUGGUGAUAUGGCAGAGAACAAGAAGAGGGUCCAUCGCUGCCAAUUUAAUGGAUGUCGGAAGGUCUACACCAAAAGUUCACACCUAAAGGCACAUCAGAGGACACAUACAGGGGAGAAGCCGUACAAGUGCUCAUGGGAAGGCUGUGAAUGGCGGUUCGCGAGGAGCGACGAGUUGACGAGGCACUACCGCAAACACACUGGCGCCAAGCCUUUCAAGUGCAAUCACUGCGACAGGUGUUUCUCACGAUCAGACCAUUUGGCACUGCACAUGAAGAGGCAUAUCUGAGAAGGAAGAGGAGGAGGCAAAAUUGUGAGGAGGAGGAAGAGACAGAGAGGAGGGAGAGAAAGAGAGGGAGUAUGUAAAGGAAUCGGACACCACUCAGGCCCUUCGCACGGCCCACCAGAGAGAAGUCUCCGUGAGGGAACGAAAUAGGGUCACAAUUGAUAGAUCACACAGGCUGAGCUUUGGUUGCAAAGAUUUGAGUCUUGGAAUUGGCCUAGCGAACUACAAGGACAUCUUGUCUGAUCAACUAUGAGGACUAGAUUGAAAAUACAGAUGGUAAUACAACAGCUUGUCACUCAGUAACAAUAUGUUUUCUGUGGUAUUUCAUAUUACCCCAAAAAACAUCAAUGACACAAUCUAGUUAGUACAACUGCAUUCCUUUGUCUCAAAGAUCCAAAUGUUUUUGUCUGUUAAGAUGUACUCUUCAUCUUAUGCAUAUUGUCACAAACUGACAACAAUGCUGGAGUUACACCUGAUUUGAUUUACUGCAUCGCAUUGGACAAUUCAUCAAUUCUAAAUUCAUCUCCAGAGAACCUUUGUAGAGUAUCGUACCAGAAGGUCAUCAGUUCAUAGGGAUGUUCCGUAAGUGGAUUUCAAAGACACAAUUUAUUUGUUUUCCCAUUUUGAGCAAGGAUUAUCUUUCCACUUUGAUCCCGGCAAGCCACAGCCAAGAUCUAAAGUGGCACGUCUAUUCUGAGAAAUCUGGAUUUAAAAGGUGAGAGGUGACCAAGUGAAAUCACCAAUCGUUUUUUUCUCAGCUCAAAUGUGAAUCUGAUUGGAUCAACGGCCUUAACUUCUUCAUAGCUGGGCAAAUCUCUCUUUCUCGACCCUCCCUGGCAACAACAGCUGCGCAGCGACACUUUGAGACUUUUUAUAAAUGAAAACAAAAUCAUGGAAAAGAUCUUUUUGAAUGAUGAUGUUCUAUAAUUUGUAAGACCGAACUUUUUUGCUUUUAUCCUGUGGAUGUGUACAAAGUAGAAAAAGAAGAAAAAAAAUUGUACCAAAAUCCACCAUAUGUACAAGCAGAGAAUAGUGGAUUCACACUGGCUCAGACACCAACUAAGGUGCACUUCAUUUCUAAAUUACCGCAAAAGAUGCGAAUGAAAACGCAAAGCAAUGUUGUUCUUGAACACGUUUUGAGCAUUCCUCAACAUUAUUUAUAAUCCAUGCACUGUUAUCCCAUAAACUCUGUGUCUUUGGGAUUUGUUGGACUGAAAUGAGCAUGAAUUGUGUAAAGCAUCAUGGUUUGUCCAUGGAUUUUAUGACAGAAUGUCAAUGACUUCCACUUCACACAAGGGGAUGGAGGUUUGCGGUCACAAAGUUUAGAUAUUGUAAAUGUAUCAAAAUAUGUACUGAAAAACUGUCCCAAUUUUCUAAGUUAUUAUUUCGGGGGUGGAUGAAAUCAUCAAGAAAGGUGUCCGUUGUGCUUUUCCAAGUGAACAUACAGUAGUUCUGCAGGUCCAACAGGUGACAUUUCAUAUUUAUGAUACAUCUACAUUUUAUUUAUUUUUUACUUUGCGAUGUGGGGUGAAGUGUUUCCAAUUUUUUUUUCUUGCAUUUCUGUCUGCCUUGUGUUUCUGGUAAAAAUGGCUGUACAGUGUGAAAAAAUGUAUAGUAAAAAUGAGGUUUAACGUACAAUCAAGCAUGGGAUCUAGCACUUUUUGUGGAAAGUGUCACUGAAUGUAAGGUUUGAUUGUUGACGGCCCUGCUGAUAUGCAAUGAUCCUGACCACUAAACGGCUAAUCUGCCUGAUAUUUGUAAUUAAAGGAAUAGUUCACCCCAAAAAUUUUUAAUCUGUCAUCUUUCUGAUCCUCAUGUCCUUAU